UGGUUGACCAAAUUGACAGUUGUUGUUUGUUGUGUUGUUGGUUGGCUUGGUUUUAGUUUUUUCAAAUUAUACAAUUAAUUACGGACAUAAUAGUCUGCCUUUUUCUUCAUAUAAGUGCAUUUAUAUUAAUUCCGUCACACUAACUCAAACGGAUGAUGGCUCAAACAGAGGAUACUGAACUCAGAGAUUUGGUUAUGGAGGCGUUAGAAAAGAACGGUUCCUUGGCAAAAAUUCGUGCCCUUCUGCGUGCUAAUGUUUUCUUGGCAUUUGAAGAAGAUAGUGAAAUUAUCAAACAUAAUAUAAGCUUGGACAAUAUCUUAAAAGUUCCUGAAGGCAUUCUAACUUUAUCACUUGUACAUGAAUUCUUGGAAUUUUGUGAACUAAAAAAUACUUUAUUUGUUUACAUGUCUGAAACAAGACAAGGUAAAGAAUACUCGUAUGAGGGUCAAAAGCAGCUAGCAGAUAAGCUUCAUGGCUUUAAUUAUGACGAAACUAAAGAACCUAUACUGCUUUCCAUUGUGAAGAAUAUAUCAAAAGUUUAUCAACGCAAGUGUUAUGAUCACGGAGAUGGUACAGUUGUUCACAGAGAUGACCAAAACUCUACAUACAUAGUGCAUGAAGAUUCGAGCUGCAAUAACAGUUCUUCAAGCCAGUCCAAUUCACAAUCAGAUCAAUCAUCAGAUGAAAAGAAUAAACUUCAUCUCCAACUUCCUUUGGAUAAUUCUGAUACAGAUACAUCAAGUGACUCUGCAAGGGAAAAAACUAGAUCUGAGUAUAUUCCUAAUGAUCAUAUUGUGAUUCAUGAUGAGGGAGAGGACCAUACAGACAACAGCAAGAAGCACCUGUUAAAAAUUAACGAGAGUAAUAAUACUAAUAUGGGCCAUUCCAAAUUGAGUGGAAUUCAAAGCAAUUUACUUAAUGUUAGUACACUAAGACUGAAAUACAAUGACAAUUAUCCCUUAAAGACUGAGGAGACAAGUAUUGCUGCUAAUAACAGUGACGAAUCUACAUCAUAUGUUGAUGUAAAUCCCUAUGACCAUGUUUCUGAUAGCAUAAAUACAUCUGGUAUACCAGAUAAACCUUCUGAGGUGUUGCCAGUUGAAAAGGAUAAAGGUUCUGUGUCUGAAAAUGAAAUAAAGAACUCACCUCAACAAGACUCAAUCUCUUUGGCUACAUCAAGCAAUGUAACUUCACUUUCAUCUAAACAUAUCAGUUAUACUACCAUGAUGAAAAAGUUUAUGGAUGAAUCAAAUAAGUCUGCAACCAAUACACCAGAAUAUACUUGUGAUUUUUCUUCAUCUCCGCCAACCAAUGACAAGCAAUCUGAUUUAGAACCCAACUUGAAAUCACCAGGCUCCACUGUUGUUGAAGAGGGUGAAAUGGUUUCUCCUAACAUAAAUAAGCAUUCAAGGGUUGACAGUCCUCAUCAAAACUCACAAAGCUCUCAAAGUUCUGUGUCCAUAUCAGAUGUAGCAGAUUUGAUAGAACUAAGUGAAGCAAAUUCCCCAAUGAUGUACAAAAUCAGUGAACAGAACAGAUCUAAGGAAUUGACGAGUUCAGUAAGUAAUUCACUUCACAAUAGAAAUGAAUUUGUCAGUAAGGCAAAUAGUCAUCAUAAAUUACCCAGUGAUGAUUCUGGUGAUUUUUCUGAAUCAUCUGUGCCUUCAUUAUCUAAUUUAAGUUUAGAUAUUCAUAGUGACUAAUAGUUGACUGUAGAAAAAGAUUCAGCCAUUCCUAUUUAUGUAAGCUUCACAAACUUGAGAUAAUGUUUAACUGCUGUAUUCAGGUUUUCCUGUAUACUUUAUAGUUUUGGAAUUAAUACAUAUUUUUAUGUAUUAAACAAAGGUUGUGCCUUAUGUUUCAUGACUACAAAUAAAUUGAUGGUUCCUGCAAGUUUAGUGUCAAGAUUGAACAAUAGUUCUAGUCCUAGAGUUUCCGUCCAAAAGGCUGCAUUGUAUUGCUGGAAUGGUGAUUUAGCAUUUAUCAAGGUUUUUCUUUUUUAGAUUUAAACACUGAAAAUGUAUGAAUUUUUCAUGAAUUAAUAAAUAUUGAUCAUUCUUAGCGUGUUCUUUUUUCACCUGUCUAUUAAAUUUUUUUUAGAGGUAAUGCAGGUAGGAAAUUUAAAAUAUUAGGUGGUUUAUAUAAUCAAUGUUUAUUUCACAAUUUCGUAAAGCAUAGAUUGUAGAUAUCACGUUCUUGUUAUGCACACAAUUCAAUCAAUAUUCAAACACUAUGUUGUUACACAUCUCUAUACAAGUUGCCAUUAUAUUGUUUAUGGCAUAGGGCAGUUAGUGCAAUCGCAUAGAAAAAAAUUAUAUUAAAAGUUUUUUAUUUACACCUAUAAAUACUUUAUUAGGUACAUGAGUUUUAUAUGAAAAUGGUAUAAAAAUUACAUAUACUAUAACUACAUACAAUACAGUAGUAAUACAAAUGCGGUUCUUACCCUAACUUUGAAAAAAUAUAACAAUAGUAAAAGCUACAUCGCUUUAAUAAUAACAGUAACAAUUACACUUCACGAUUGUUUCAUAAAAAUGCAAAAAUACUUACUCCAGGCACUCACUGCUAUUUGUUUCUUGCAAGAUUAUGCGUCCUUUCUCAAAGUAAUAAUUUUACUAA